AUGUUUGUAUAUAUCAUAUCUUUUUAUAUCUACUUGUCUUUGGCCCUUGCGGUCCCGACAUCUCUUUCACCACGUCUGAGAGAUGUGUAUCAAUUUCCGAACGGUACCUGGCUGGAGAAUAUAGCCGUCCGCUCUAAUGGCAAUGUUCUCGUCACGGCAUUCAACAAGGCACAGCUGUGGGAAAUCAACCCAUUCAACGGAACUAAUUCCCGUCAUGCGCGUCUGAUCCACCAGUUUCAAUAUCCCGGUACACUCACCGGUAUCACAGAGAUCGACCAAGAUGUCUUUGUGACAAUCGCUUCGAACUCUCUCUGCAAGGUCGAUCUGAGAAUGCCAGAGCCGGUAGUCAAUUCAAUCAACAUCACAAUUCCAGCUGGGACGCUGAACGGGAUGGCAACCUUGAAUGAUUCAUCGUUGGCUAUUUCGGACUCGUCCUUGGGCCUUAUUUGGCGUGUGGACAUUGAGCGGGGCAUUUAUGACAUUAUGAUAAGGGAUAAUACAACAGCCACAAGCACAGCCUUAGGACCAAGACUUGGGGUCAAUGGUCUUAGGGUCUUGGACGGUUAUCUUUACUACGUGAACUCGCCACAAAGAUCGUUCUACCGUGUUCGUUUAGAUGAGUCUGGCAGAAUCAAUGGACAGCCCGAGACUGUUGCGCAAGGAGUGUUGGCUGAUGAUUUUGCUGUAACGUCUUCGGGGGCCUAUCUUGCUGGAUUGACGGAUAAUGUUAUAACGAACGUCGUUGUCUUUAUCGUCGAUGAUAAAAGCAUGGACUAUGAAGCGCCUAUUCCAUCUCUGCUUGUGCCGCCUCUAAUCUUCGUCGGACUCCUGCUCGCUCUCUGGACGUGGAAAUGCUUCUGGAUCGUUGUAUUGCAAGACAAACUUCUAUACCUGUCAUGGUUGCCGCCGCUUGCACGGUCCGAGAAAAUCGCGGACUACGAGACUGAAUGUAAGCCGGUCCAGUGGACGGAGAAGCAGAUCCGGAGUCUGGAUGGGACUAAGCUGGCGGGUAAUGGCGGUUCAACCCCCCUUCGUUUGCCGCUUCUUUCUCAAGUUCUGCGAACAAUCAAAGAAAAGUCGAAGUCUACGCCAUUAUUUACAUCUCCAUCAGAUAGCACUGAGUUCACCAUAGUAGCCUUAUCAUAUCGCGGCUACUGGACUUCCUCGGGCCGUGCAACGCAGUCUGGUAUUGAGCUUGACGCGCAAGCGUUCCUCAACUGGGUAUCGGAAACCUAUACUGCACCAGACACCGAUUUGGAGGUCAUCCUCUGGGGGCAUAGUCUCGGCUCAGCUAUCGCGAGUAGUGCUACUGCUACUUACCUCUCCCGUCACGAUGGCGACCAGUCAUCUAUAUCUGUGGCCCUUUUCGUGGAAUCACUGGAGUUGUACCACGGCAAUGGAGAGGAUUGCUCGCUGGCGGGACCAGAAUGA